UCGUAGCUAUACAGUGACGUUAUGAGGCUGGUCCUGGUCAAACCUACCAAUAGGACGAGCCGGCUCGAUUCUACUGGGGCUGUUCGCAAUGAAAGGGUGCCAGAAUAUUACAGCGCAAGGGAGCAGCCACAGCAGGACGAAGCUGUAGAGGGGAUGCAGCAUCGGUACUCCGGGGCUGUCUUCCAGCACCAAACACCUAGCCAGGAGCAAAGAAGCGCUGACAGCACUGCAACUUAUUCUCAGAAAGCAGCAUCAAGCAGAGCCCCUCCAGUCUGUAGCUUGCCGCCGCCACCUCCGCCGCUCAGACAGCGUUCUACCACCUUAUAUCAACAGAACAAUCAGGAACUGCCCAACCCAAGCCUUCUCACCCGGCAAGACAGCACACCUCAUCAACUGCAGCACGGCGGUUCACCGCUAGUGACAAGCCACGGAGCCGGCCAACGACACAAAAACCAGGGCUGUGGCUUUACGAACCAGUCCAUACAUCUGCAGCAGAGUCUUGAGGCCACCGGCUAUAAUCCGCAGUCGGAGCAGCCCCUCUAUCAGGACUGCCACUGCAGUUUUUCUAAGGAGGCGAACCCUCCUCGCCAGCACCAACCCCUCACGCACCCGCAGCCCUCCCCACCGCCGCCGUCGUCGCUGCUGCUUCUGCAGAGCCCAAAUCGGGAGGAUAAUUUGAAAAAGACUGCUAAUUACCAACAGGAACAUCUUGCUUGUCACUGCAGAAGAGAAGGAGGGCUGCAAGAGCACAGUCAGUUGCAGCAACAGCAGCAACCCCAUAAUCAUUUAAAGCUACAACGACAGAACCCCUCCUCUGGCUCAGUUAUACAAAACCCACAUAAGGCAUUGAAUAUAAAUGCACGCGAGGCAACCGAAGUAAACCAACGAUUAUUUUCGUUUCAACCUCAGGACUUGCAGCAGCAGCAACAGCCACCACAAUUGCAGGCGCAGCAACAGCGACUGGUGGGGAGCAGCUUUCCCAACAACUACUGCGCCAACGGAUCGGGAGAGCUGAAUAGGAACCAGCAAUCACUACUGCUGCAGCAGCAUCAACAGAAAGACGCACACUGGCAGCACCUCUGUGACCAAGACUGUAAGGGGCCAGGCGAGAAAAAGAAUUCCCAUCAACAGCAGUGCCACCAAACCCCUGUCAACCCACCCUGCCGCCCGCUAGUGAGAAACUUACCUGCGGCUAGCAGCAACAAAAGCAGCCUUCCUUCUUCGUUCAGCAACCGCUUGUGGCCGGAGAACCACCACCAAGAAGGAAACCAGACCCGACCAGAAGAACAGCAGGUAAAUGCUGAGCCCAAGAAGCUAAGCCAUGCUGGAUCCAAGCCCUCCCUCUCUGAGAGCAGUUACCCAUUCCCUGAGAUAGCCAUGAACAGCUGCAAGUACAAUGGGGGUGUGGUGAGACCCCUGGGCAGCCUGGGGGCGUCACGGCGCAACCUUGCAGAGCUCGACUCAGAGACACAGCCCCUCCAGACCCUGCACAGCUCUGGCCUGGAGGUGGUGGUCUCCAAGGGCAACGGUGAGGACCCCAGCAAGGCAUCCAGCGAAAGCCUGGCCAGGGAGGGCAGCAGCGCGCCACAAAAGAAGAACAAGGACAUCGGCUACAAGUUGGGCCAUCGCAGGGCUCUCUUUGAGAAGCGCAAGCGAUUAAGCGACUAUGCCUUGAUUUUUGGGAUGUUCGGGAUUGUUGUCAUGGUGACCGAGACAGAGCUCUCCUGGGGGGUUUACACUAAGGAAUCUUCAUAUUCAUUUGCACUGAAAUGCCUUAUCAGCCUUUCCACUGUUAUAUUGCUUGGUCUCAUUAUAAUGUACCAUGCCCGGGAAAUCCAGCUGUUCAUGGUGGACAAUGGGGCAGAUGACUGGAGGAUAGCCAUGACGUACGAGAGAAUCUUCUUCAUCGUGCUGGAGCUGCUAGUGUGCGCCAUCCACCCGAUACCGGGUCAGUAUGUCUUCACCUGGACAGCGCGGCUGGCCUUCACCUACACGCCUUCGGUGGCCGACGCCGACGUGGACAUUAUCCUCUCCAUCCCCAUGUUCCUGCGGCUCUACCUGAUCGGCCGCGUCAUGCUCCUGCACAGCAAGCUCUUCACGGACGCCUCGUCCCGCAGCAUCGGUGCCCUCAAUAAGAUCAACUUCAACACCCGUUUCGUCAUGAAGACCCUCAUGACCAUCUGCCCCGGCACCGUGCUGCUGGUCUUUAGCAUCUCCUCUUGGAUCAUCGCUGCGUGGACCGUGCGCGUCUGUGAGAGGUAUCAUGACAAACAGGAAGUCACCAGUAACUUCCUGGGAGCUAUGUGGCUAAUUUCUAUAACCUUCCUCUCAAUUGGCUAUGGAGACAUGGUGCCUCAUACAUACUGUGGAAAGGGUGUGUGCCUGCUGACUGGAAUCAUGGGGGCUGGCUGCACUGCCCUGGUGGUUGCCGUGGUUGCCAGGAAGUUGGAGUUGACCAAGGCUGAGAAACAUGUUCAUAACUUUAUGAUGGACACGCAACUCUGCAAACGAGUCAAAAACACGGCUGCUAAUGUACUCAGGGAAACAUGGCUCAUCUAUAAACACACCAAGCUGGUGAAGAAGAUUGAUCAUGCUCGGGUGCGAAAACACCAGCGCAAGUUUCUGCAGGCCAUUCACCAAGCUCAGAAACUGCGCAGUGUGAAAAUGGAGCAGAGAAAACUCAAUGACCAGGCUAACACACUAGUGGACUUGGCCAAGACGCAGAACGUGAUGUAUGACCUGGUGUCUGAGCUGCAGGAGCGCAGCGAGGAGCUGGACAAGCGAAUUGGCACCCUAGAGGACAAACUGGACUCCAUCACCGGCAGCCUGCAGGCCCUGCCCGGCCUGCUCUCUCAAGCCAUAACGCAGCAGCAGCGGGACUUCCUGGACGGCUUUGCGCACCGCUUUCGGCCGGCAUCGCUGGGCUCGGAGCGCUCCUGGACGCCUACCCGACGGCGCCGUUCGCCCUCCACCGCGCCACACACGUCCUCCGACAGCGGCUAGCCUCCCUACACCUCUGCCAUCCAAAACAAAAUACUGCUGAGGCUCCAAAGCAGACUGACUAACUAAAGAGAGACCGGAAACUAAAACAGACAAAUUAAAGAAUUAAAAUAAAAACGGUAGAGAUAUGGUUUAUGUUUAGCCAUUGUAUGGCUGUUCAAGUUAGCUUUUUUGUAAAGCCCUUGUAUAGUUACUGACUGAGUUCAGGGUGCUGGGGUGAAGCUGGCUAUCACACCGGAGAAUCCUUAAACAAGAUGGAAUGAAAACCUCUGGCAGAGGUCACUGCUCUGUCAGAGCGGUGCCUCAGAUGGGUGUGCUGAGAUGGAGGCAGCCAUGGAGAACCGACCUUGCAUACCAACCAGAAAAGGAUACGCAAUGGACUUCCUCUGCCAUGUGACGAGUGUCACAGGUUUCUCUUUAGCCGAGCUGCAGGCUGAGAGGGCCUUUGGAAGCUCUGAAAUAAGUUCUCAGAGUGCAAUAAAUAGAAAGGAAAGCUGGAGAAAGAGAGGUGUUCAGGACGUGACCAAAUGUUGAAAUGGAAAAUACAUACAGCGAGGCUGAGUUCCAGCUUUCACACAAAUUCCAAUUGUGUUAUUUCGUGUAUACAGGAAAAUUGGUGCGAUUAACUUUUCAUAUGAAAAAUAUUGGCAAAGUAAUUUACAGCACCAUUUGAUUUAUACAUAAAGUACCUUGAUUCAUCAAGAUGCAAAUAUUUAAAGGGUGGGGACCAAUGCACCAAUGGAUCAAUGCAUCAAAUUAUGUUAACCCAGCAAUGGAGUAUGAUUUUUGAGAAUUUAGAAAUCUGGAGCAAUCUGGUGAAUUAUUUCUGGGAAUUAGUUAACAUCUUCUUUGUGCCUAUAUUUACUAUAAUUAAUUAAAUAUGGUAAUAAGAGUGAUAGAUACACACACUCCCACAAUAUGCAUGUGCAUGCAUUUCUUGUUUCAGGAAAUAACUUGGAAAACUGUGACAAAGGUGCAUUUACUCAUUACCACCACCACAGGACCAUACCUUCAUGCAUUGAUGCAUCAGGCCCAUAAACAAUGAGGCAUCAAUGGUUAGAAAACUGCCAUAAUCCCAGCCCAAAAUAUUAAUGUAGAUUUUUGUAUGCUGGAACUGGUCAAGAAGGCAAAUUUGCAUUCCUUCCUCAAAAACAUUCCUCUACAAAUUUUUAAAUGAAUAAAAAACAUUUAUGUCAAAUUUCUCAGCGUCCAAACAAACAUUUUGUACCUCUCCCAAAACUAAUGUCCAAUACAUUGUUGCCAUUGCACAGGUAUAUAUACUUAAAAAAGAAAUAAAGUAAUUUUAAAACCUAAGCUCUAAAGUAAAAAAAAAUGCAUUGCUCUCUCUGAUUCUCUUCUUCAUGAAACAUCAGAGCCUCCAAAGGUCCUCUAGUUGCCCAGAGAACAGAAUGUUCCCCUUUGGCAUGCCUAGCAGUCUGUUGGAAGAGGACAGCAGGCCACACCCACUGUAGAUGGGCGGUUUUUUGUUUUCCUUUGAUUUGUUUAUUUGAGAGAACUGAGAAACAAACCCCGCCCCCUUGCAUGUUUCAAUGCAAAUGGUGAUGGAGCUAACCUUUGGGAUGGCUUUAUGUUGUGUUUUUUUCAUUUUUCUUCUUUUAGUUUUUUUUUUACAGAUAUUCAUUUUUUAUCAUUUACCUAGGAUUUUUUUAUAGGUAGUAGGUCAGAUCUAUAAUGUUACUAAAGUGUGGCAGCAAAGUGAACAAAACAUGCAUUCCUAGUUCAAUGUCAUAAAAUGGCAAGAAAAUACAGAAUACAA